GGCGGAGCCAACUAGGAGGAAAUGGUACAGUUGGCUGAUUGCUCCAAGAAAACCGGCGACGAGCAUCCAUACCCGGCAGUUUGAUCGUACAUCUUUACUGCUUUCAGUUCACCAUUAGCUGCAACAGCAAUCAAGCGAGAUAAAUCUUUCAAGCAAAACUUAAUUAAUUCAUUAAAACACAUCAAUAUUCAGCUACUUACAAACCAAGCGACACUGUAUGCUGCAGUUUCUAGAAAUAUCUGUGAAGGGCUCGGAGAUUGACGGUAUAGAAAAACGGCUGCAGGAUGGAGACGCAGAUACAUGUGCCCGUCGGGUCGCCGAUAAUUAGAAAAAUUCCCAUUUUCGUGGAUGAACACAACGUGGCGGAGGGGGCCAUGAAGCUCAUUAAAGAGCUGAGACCGGCGUGGGAAGCGAGCCAUGUCAAAACCAAGCUCUUCACCGAUGGAACCACCAACAAGCUAGUGGGCUGCUACGUGGAGGACAGUCCGGAGGACGUGGUCCUGGUCAGAGUCUACGGCAACAAGACUGAGCUGUUCGUGGACAGAGACAAUGAGCUCAAAAGCUUUCAGGUGCUACAUGCUAACGGUUGUGCUCCUCGCCUCUACUGCACCUUUCAGAACGGCAUCUGCUAUGAGUUCAUGCAGGGGGACGCUCUUGGGACGCAGGAUGUAAGGGAUCCUUCCUUGCUCAGACUGAUAGCCGGGGAGAUGGCUCGUAUCCACGGCAUCCAUGCACACAACGGCUGCGUCCCCAAACCCAACCUCUGGAUCAAGAUGCGAAAAUACUUCUCCCUUGUGGCCACCGAGUUCACCGACCAAGCGUCCAACGUCAGAAUCCAGCAGGUGGUUCCCAGCAAGGCGGUGCUGGAGCAGGAGAUGGUGUGGAUGAAGGAGCAUCUCUCCACUCUGGGCUCCCCUGUGGUGCUCUGCCACAAUGACCUGCUCUGCAAGAACAUCAUCCACAACAGCAAAGAAGGUCACGUUCGCUUCAUAGACUACGAAUACUCCAGCUACAACUACCAGGCCUUCGACAUCGGCAACCACUUCAAUGAAUUUGCAGGAAUGGCGGAGCUGGACUAUGGGCUGUACCCGAGUCGGGAGAUGCAGAUGGAAUGGCUCAAAGUUUACCUGCAGUCGUACAAACUGUUCACCAAGAAAACAGAGGAGGUCAGCCCGCGGGAGCUGGAGACGCUCUAUGUACAGGUCAACAAGUUUGCUCUGGCUUCGCACUUCUUUUGGGGCUUCUGGGCGCUCAUCCAGGCCAAAUACUCCUCCAUCGACUUUGACUUCCUCGGGUACGCGGUGCUGCGUUUCAACCAGUACUUUGAGACCAAACCUGCAGUGAUGGCCCUGCAGAUCCCAGAAUGAGAGGAGGGCGAGAGACAGACUGCGGAGAGAAGACAGGAGGGAGGGUGUAACAGGUUUCAUGCUGGGACUUCCUGUAGGGCGGAAACUCUUCUCUGUGAGCCAGCUGUUGAUGGAACGCUCCUCGGUCGACCCGGCAUCCUUUUUGUUUUUUUUGCAACAAGCGCAAUUACUCUGCUCCAACUUAGCUCUACAUCUGUCACAACUCUCGUUUGAGAAUGAUAAAACUUCCGUGUGUGUGUGUGUGUGUGUGUGUGUAUGUAUGUGUGCGAGUGUACGCUUGUGUAUGUUUGUGUUCCUAAUUUAUCAUGACAAACCCGACGUCUUGCUUUCGCUCUUCGGGCAGCUGAACAAGGCGUAGUGAGAACAGUCUGACUUUAGGGUACAGAUCACAGACAUAAAACCUUCGUGAUGUUUGUCACUCAGAAAUGUUCCACAACGCUGGUAAUGAAGGUCAAAAGAGGGACUAGACUAUUAAGACGGGUUUGAUGCUGACAUUGACAGAUAGUUUGUCCUGCUCUCUGCAUCUAUGGCUCAACACCAUGGCUUCAUUCUAGUUAGAAACUGACUACAGAGGCAUUUCACCUGCGAGUCCUCCGGUUUUGCAUGUGCUGUGUGGUGAGACCAUUCCUCCUCCUGUCUGCAGACAUUUUAACACUUUAAGUUCUGAUUUGUGCGAUCAUUUCUCUUUUUCCUCCAUCUUUGAUGCCAAGUUCUCAUAGCUGCAGUAUUUCUUGACUGCACUUCCCAGAGAUCACCUGUGCAUCAAACACUGUGGGCCACACUGUGUCGUCUUCCCUCUGUGUGUUUUAUUUAUUUUUUCUGUUGUGGCAGUUUGAGCGUCUGUCAGUUCCUCUUGUAGUUAUUCCAAGCAAACCGCUGCUGCUGCUGCUGCUAAUAGAAAUAUCAAAUGUCUGUGUGCUAGUGGACUUUCCCCUGGAAGCACCCACCAGACACUGAAUGUGUGGAACAGCAAAAAGCUUUUCAUGGACUGGGUGUAGGUUGCAUCACUAUUGUGUUCUAGCAAUCGGUGAUAGAGCGUAGCAAAAUGUGCAUUUAUUUAUUUAUGUGAAGACCUUGUGGAUUACUUAACAUCUCAGGUGAAACGACUCUUCAGGUUUGGGUUGCUUUAGUAAGUGUUGCUUUGUGCUGAAUUGGGAAGUGAAGCAGGAGGGGAGAUAGAUGUCGGGUAGAAAGCGGGGACCUGUGUAAACGUCACUCUGGACUCUGUGUGCAUUUCUGCCCUCAAACCGUUUUCCACCUUCUUGACUUUUAUGGUUAGAGCGAAUCGCUCUGUUAAACUUUCCAUUUAAUCAUUCCAGACCUCUUGGAAAAUCACAACCUCCGUCACCCCCACUGUCAACCCUCCCCUUUUUUAUGCUCUCUGACGCCUGCUCCCUCUUCACGUUACAAUCUUUGAUCUCCUCCCUCCACAGUUUUGUUUCAUAUCUCCCUUAAACCUGUUGAGAUUGAGGGUGUAGCAUCAGAGACUGCUCUCAGCCCCACACUGUAAUCCAUGCCCAUUCACAUCCCACUUUUAGAGCCAACCUUUUUUACAUAAUCAGACAUUGCAUAAGUUAUAUCUGGGGUCGAAUCAAGUCUAGCUUUCAAAAGGAGGCAAGAGUGGGUUAUCUAUCUGAGGCAGUAUUGCUGUCAUGAGGUCACAUAUUACUUGGAUGGAAAAGCUUGGCAUGUGACACUCCAGAGAAACACAGACGCACAGUAUCCGUAAAAAAAAAAGAUGCCAGAAGUCCACUGAUUUUGCACAUCAGUCUGUCUACAGGUGUUGGGGAGUACUACUGCAUAUGUGAGAAACGUUUUCUAAAGCCUUUAGUGUCCACACAGGGAGCUGUGUGGAGUAUGAUAAAUCCUCAAGUGAUGUCACUUGAGUCGGUGUCAGUUGGGUCUGAAGACUACAAGUUUGAAAAUGGAGGGAAAAAUGCAUUUUGGGUAAUGUAGGUGCCAAGUUUUAACAAAGAAGAAGAACAUGCGGAAUAAAAAAGAACAUGUCUCUGGUUCUGCUGCAUCAAGUUUGAUCAUGUGUGUUGAAGACUGUUCAUCAAGAGUCCGCCAAUGUUAAAGGAGUACAACGCUUAAUCUGUGGAGCAUUACAACUCUUUUAAAUGGUAAAUGGUCUGCAUUUCUGUAGCACUUUUCUAAUCUUAGCGACCACUCUAAGCACUUUACAACAUAAGCCAGCAUUCACACACUAGUGGCGAGGCUACCACACCAGGUGUCACCUGCUCAUCAGAAGCAAUGAACACUCACAUUCACAUCCGGAGCAAGUUGGGGUUCAGUAUCCUGCACAAGGACACUUGGACACAGACUGCAGGUGUCAAACUCCUGAUUAGUGUGCGACCGCUCUACUUCCCGAGCAACUGCCCCAUAAAGAGAGGACUUGUGAAAGAUGGUUGAAAAAAAGAACGGUCAAAACUGAAGCAGUAGAGGCCGAGAUGUCCUGUCUUUAGUCCAACAACAAAAACACUGGACCCUACACUGCCCACAAUGCAAUGCUAUAACAUCUGUCAUUAAAGAGUACGGUUUAUAUGAAGAGUGUUACGAGAUAACUUCUGUUGGGAUUUGGCGCUGUAUAAAUAAUAUUGACUUGACCUUGCUCCAGUGCAAGGUUUCUCUGUGGAUUUGUAUUCCGCUACUAAUUAUUAUUUCCAUUACCAGUAAUCUGCAGAUCAUUUUUUUCUUCAAUGAAUUGUUUAACCUUGGAAAUCGAAAACUAGUGAAAAUAUACUCAUAACUUAUAAAAUAACCUCCUCAAAUGUCAGAAACUAAAUAUUUGGGGGUUUUGCACUAAGGAUUUAUGACAAAGAAAAGCUACUAAUCAUCACAUUGGACAGGCUCGAUCGACAUCAUUUUUCAAGCAGAAAUUGUAAAAGGAUGCCGAUCGUGUUGCUGUCAAUCGAUUAACCAACUAAUCGGAUUAGCUCUACUAGAAUGAUUAUUUUUCUCAUACUUGACAAAGCUUCUCCAGAGCCAGAGAAGACAUGACACAACAGUUUCCACAGGCUGAGUAGUGAUGUGUCAAAACAGCCGUCUUAAUGGCACUCACUCAUUCAUUGUUGUCCUUUCUUCUUAUUCUGGCCACUCAUAGUUUAAGAGCGUUCACAUUUAAUUCAGAUUCUAGACAGUGAUGACUUGUUUCCUUUGAUUUAAUUGAAUAUAUUAGACUUUAAAAAGGUCCAUAGUCUUUUAUAUUUGGCUUUUCAAAACCUUCCAGUCUCUUAGUAUCGCACCACGAGCACUUUGUUCAUAAUGAUCUUAAGCACACGAGUCACUCAUCGAUGCGAUCCCUGAUCUGAUUAGACCGGACUGAUCAACGCAUCACAUUGAUGAAUGAAUCCCGAGUUCUUCUGAAGCUCCGGUUCAUUCAUGCUGCGCUCCAGAAGAGAGACGUGUCCUCUCUGUCACCCACAGGACAUGCAGCCCCUCGCAGGCCCAGCAGGGGGAGACACUGAGCCCUGACCUUUGUCCUCCACUGCAGGUCUUGUGUAACUGAUAGGCUUAAUCAUUUACCAAAUGAGCAGCAGCUCUUCAGAACAGCAGAAGAGACUAACUGGUGUUAAUGGUUUCCAGUCGGGACCGUUCACCUGAGAAAGUGGUUUUCAGGAGGAUCACAUUUAUAUUUGAAACGUGUCGGUGGCUCUUGGAUGAUCAGAGCCUCUAGAAUGUGAGUUAUAUAACUUGUAUAAAAGGGUUUAAGAGUUACUUAUGGCUCAUCUCUGCCACAUCACUAGUGCAUUUGUCAUUUGAGGAUUACCCAGAGGCCCCUGUUGUAGGUGACUAAUAGUGAAGUAAUGUGCUUAGUAAAUUUGAAGACUGGCCAAAUUAGUGAGUUUGCUGCUUUGAACGCACAAUCCUAAACCCCCGGCGGGAAUUCAGGCUGGAUAAAAAUGGCGUUCGCACUGAAUGAAUUUCUCCAUUCACUUCAACAGAGGACACGGAGUGUGAAUCAACAGUUGGAUUUUGGAAGAGAAAAGUUAAAGCAGGUUUAUUUAGUUUCCUUUGGAAUUAAAUCAGCUGAAUGUAAAUGUCGGGUUGAACUGAAAACACAUUCCGCACAGAAUUGAGGUAAAGAGUCAGUAAGUUAGCCCGACGUUACUCCUGAUGGCUCUCGUUCCUCCUCUGAGAAGAACUUGUUGCUCGAACUAACGGAGCAAUAUAGCCAAAUAAUAGAAGAUUUUAAAAAACGGUCUCCAUGAUGCGGUUUCUUGAGAGAAAUUCAGCCGCAUCAUAAAACUGCAUUGGGUUGAGUCUGUGCUUUAACUUUCUUCAGGGAACUUGAUUAUUUUUGCUCGAUCCAUCUUAAAAAUGCAGCCAAGUUAAUUCAACACGGGACAGGGUCACAUUUCAAAGUUUAAUGUUUUAUUGCAACUGAAUGAAAUGAAAUCUAUGUAUAGAGUAAAAACUAAACUGAUAUUUAAAGAGAGGCUUAAAUUUAGACUUGCUUAAUUUUAAGCUUGUUUUAAAGUUUGAUCAACAUGAUUUAAAGUUAAACCUUGUUUUAAUCAGGUCCUUGUUGGGGCAAUGCAGCCUGAAUGUUAAAAUAAAAAUGAUUUCUCAUGAUGUGAAAUGUUGUUUCUUAAUCCACAAAUGCUUCAGAUGCAAAUGUACCUAAACAUUCUAAAGUUAAAUGACCCCGAGCACUUAAGAGAGGAACUGAGACGGAGCUCUUAUUUUGUUAACCAAAAGUUUUGCACUGUUGACUGCACUUACAAUCAACUUUGACAUUGUUGUUGCAGAAGUUGUGGCUCUACAGACCAUCUCAUGAAAACAAUGAGAAGUAUAAAUGCUAAAAGAAUCACUUUCAUACUUUGGGUAGUUAACAUUUCUAACAUCACUGGUCACAAGGACGACUCUGUUAACAGUCUCGCUACAUGACGCACUGGGAAACAUAAUCCAAACGAGAAAUUGGUGUGGGUUUAAAGACUAAUAAAAACAUUUGAUCUGUUUUCGUGACGCAUGUCUCUUUAUGUUAGGCCUCGUGGUGUUUUAACAGGGUUUAUUUAUUGAGUGAUUCUAACAUUGCAUUUCACACCUUUUUUUCUUUUGUCGUUUUCUAAUCCUACCAAAAUGGUUAGCUUCAGAGGGUUGCAUUGCAGUUAAUUUGAGAUUAACUUUUUGUUUGUGAAUUGACUAACUUAAUUUUAAGAAACACUGUACAGAUAACUGAUGAUUUGUUUUUCUUUGUAUGCUGAUAUUUACUUUUUGUAAAUGCUUUGAGCGCUGUGUGAAGGGAGGCAGCGUUUAGCUUGCAGAUGUGACUUUGUAAACGUACUCAUCCACUGCUAAAGGAGAUGCUGCGUCAGUGUGUGUGGCCAGCGGAGACGGAGGAUGUAAAUACUGUAAGAAAUACUGUGAAAGGCUUACUGUACAGUGAUCCUUCACCUCUGUAGGAGCAGCAAGAUGAAUUAUUUAACGGUUGUCAGUAAAUAUUUCCAUUAAAAUGUAUAAAAUAAAACUUUGUGUUUUUGA